GUAGAAAUUUCAGAGCUUCAAUCAGAAAACCAACCAGUUUUCCAAGAAGAAUCACAGAGAGAAUCUGCCCAAGAGCAGAGUUUUCCAAGUGUUCAUGCAAGUCCAAAUGUUUCGGAAGCAGGAAUUUCUGAGACCAAAUCAGAAGACGACCAUGUUCUUGAAGAAGAAGAAGAAGAAGAGGGAUCCAUUCAAGAACAGAGGAUGUUCCAUGGUCAUUCCAGUUCUGAUCAAUUUAGCUUGAAAAGUGACGUCUUUCGAGGGAGAGAUUCAUCUGAUGAAGAUGAUUUGGAUUUCUAUGACAAUUCAUUCGAGUCUGAUUCAGAAUCAGAAUCGUCAAGCUCAAGUGGUCUCAUAUGGGGCAACAGUGACAAAACUGACGAUUUAAUCACAUACGAUUUUCUAGCAUAUCAAAAAGGUCUUGGAGAAUUGGAGCCUGAGACCCUCAAGCUGAUGCAAAAGCUAAGAGCCAUAGAUGAAUUCAUAGAAUUAGCACCUGGGAAAGCCGAAAAUGAAGAUGAAAAGGAAGUUUCAAAGGAUGAAGAGAAGAAAUGGGGUGAGUUAGACUCUGAAGAAGAUGAUGAUCAGGAUGAUUUUGAAUGGGAUGAUGAUGAAUUGGUACAACAAAUGAAACUGGAAAUGAGAAAUGCGAGACAAGGAGGGCUUCCUACAAUCUUAGAGGACGAAGAAGAAGAUGGAGGACAAGAAGUUAGUGAGUCCCCAAAAAUGGCCCAAGAUCUAAAGCCACUGAGGAUUGAAGAGAAACUGGAAUUCAAGGAUCAUAUCAGAGAAAUCCAGAAAGUUCACAAGACCUACGAAGAGAAGAUGAGGAAGCUUGAUAUCUUGAACUACCAAACCAUGCAUGCUCUAGGUCUACGACAAUUGAAAGAUCCAAGUGCGAAGCCUAUGAUUUUGAAGAAUUUAUUAUGGUCACGCCAAGAUCAGAAGAAGAAGAAGAAGUCGUCGGAGGCAGUGGUGAGUUUGGUGGAGGAGUUGGAGGUGGUUUAUGUGGGGCAGGUUUGCUUGUCGUGGGAGGUUCUGUGUUGGGAGUACAAGAAAGCGAUAGAGUUGAAACAGUACGACAGCGAAUGCGUUCGCCGGUACAAUGUGGUGGCCGGAGAAUUUCAACUGUUCCAAGUUCUGAUGCAGAGGUUCAUUGAGAAUGAGCCUUUUCAAGGACCCCGGAUUCACAAUUAUGUAAGGAACCGUUGUGUCAUUCGGAACCUCCUCCAAGUUCCUCCAAUUCAAGAUGAUAGCAUGAAGGACAAGAACAUGAUGACCAAGGAUGAAGAAGACACUGUUUCAAGCGAAAAGUUAGCAGAAAUCAUCAGAGAAUCCAUUUACAUCUUCUGCAAGUUUGCCAGAGCCGACAAGCACGAGAUUAAUGCCAACACCUUCUUUAAAGUUCCUCACCAAACCAAACCAACUCAUCUCAAAGACCCUGCCACUUAUCAUCUUCUCACAGACAUUCAAACCCACCUGCACAAGAAGGAGAAGAGGCUGAAGGACAUAGUUAGGAGUGGGAAUUGCAUAGUGAGGAAGCUGCAGAAGCAGAGUGAAGAUAAAGUGGAGCUGGAUGUUGAGCAGAUGAUGGCUCAGGUUCAGUUGAAGUUGAUUUCAAGGGUUCUGAGCAUGUCAAGGUUGAGCAAAGAUCAGUUAAUUUGGUGUAAUGAUAAGUUAAAUAGGAUUUCAUUUGUUGACAGAAAAGUCCAUGUGGAUCCCUCUUUUUUGCUCUUUCCUUUCUGA